AUGAGCUCGAGUCUGGGUAGCAACCCGUCUGAAGCGGGAGGGUCAGUGGUCGUUGACAAUGAUUUCGGACCUGUCGUCGACACUUCUGCUCGCCCCUUUGACUUCACUCUUCUUUUUGAAGAAUCCAUCUUGUCCAUAUUGCCUUCGACAUUGUUCAUGAUUCUGGCAAUAAUUCGCAUUGCUGUGUUGAGAACAAGAAAGCCGAGGGUCCAAGGACGUGCCUUCCAGGUCCUGAAGUUGUCAAAUAUUGCAGUUCUACUUGUUCUAAGCUCAGCGCUUGUGGCGCUCUGGUGCUUAGAUGGCACGAAGCGAACUCAAGCUUCUGUGCCGGCUGCUGUGCUGAGUAUGGCCGAAUGUAUGGUUUUUAUGGCACUUUCGUUCACGGAGCACCUAAAGUCUGUCGGUCCGCCGCUCUUACUGGAUGGUUACCUGGUCGUCUCAAUACUAUUCGACGUUGUCCGUACAAGAACGUUGUGGCUAAGUGGCGCCCGCCCGCCCAUUGCAGUUAUAUUCACCUUAACAGUGGGGAUGAAACUGAGUAUAUUGGUUCUUGAGGAGUCUGGCAAAAGACGAUGGACAAUUGCUGGACGAGAGCCAUGGAGCAACGAGGUUACUGGUGGGGUCUUCAGCCGCACUCUUUUCACUUGGCUUGACAGGAUGAUGUGGCACGGGUAUUCAAAUGCUUUGUCAGUGCCCAGUCUACCUGCCAUUGACAGCAGCCUCCUUUCCGACUACAUAUGGGCUCACAUAGGUCCUGAGAUAGAGAAACAAUCGAUAUCAUCUCAUCAUUCACUUAUGUGGACAGUAUUUUGGAAGUUCAAAGGGUUCUUACUGGCACCAGUCUUGCCUUAUCUUGUUAUUGUUGCGUCCCAACUUGCUCAACCAUUCCUCAUCAAUACAGUUCUGGCCUACGUUCAAUCGCCAUAUGAUGGCAGCCAAGAGCAGAAAAACAUCGGAUAUGGUUUGAUCGCAGCCUAUGGCUUAGUCUAUGUCUGCAUUGCUAUAGCUACUGCUUGGGGGCAACAUCUUUCUUACCGAUUUGUGGUUCUCCUGCGAGGAGUUCUUGUGACCUCAAUUUACCGGAAGACUAUGUCUACUAGUGUGACAGUUGCUGCAGAUGCCUCGGCAGUGACGUUGAUGAGCACGGAUGUGGAAAGAAUUGCCCUAGGGAUGGCAAAGAUUCACGAUGCUUGGUCGACAUUGAUUCAAGUUGGUUGCGCCAUGUACAUUCUAUACGGGCAGGUUGGUGUAGUAUUCGUUGCACCAAUAGUGAUAUCGAUAGUUUCCUGUAUAGCAGCCGUUGGCCUGUCUAGUUUUGCUGGCGCAUUCCAGGCCUCGUGGAUGGAGUCAUUGGAGAAGCGCAUUGCGACCACUUCUGCGCUGAUAGGCUCUGUUAAGGGAGUCAAAAUGCUGGGCUGGACAGGAAAGGCAUCCGAAAUCAUACAGAAAUUGCGACUUGCGGAAAUUGCUUCGGCCCGCAAGUUCAGGCUCAUGCUCCUCGCAGUAGUAACCGUCUCAUUUAUACCCGUAGCCCUGGCCCCAGUAGCGACAUUUGGAAUCUUUUCUGCGAAGUCAGCAGGAGACAUUGGCGAACAACUGGGAUCCAAUCGUAUCUUCACUACACUUUCUCUCCUCGCACUUAUUACACAGCCUCUUGAUCUGCUUUUCGCCUACAUUCCCGAAAUAUUGGCAGCUGUUGCAUGCUUCUCUCGUAUCGAGAAGUACCUACGACAGGAGUCUCCCGCGAAAAUAAAGAAUUGCGGAAAGUCCGUGGAACUCAAUAACUCUUCGAUUGAGACUUUGGCCAACAAUUCUCAAUCGGACGUGGGUUCAAGGGAUAUCGACGAGAAACAGAGUCCAAAUGGCAUUGCAAUUGAGCUGCAGGAGGCUACGUUCGGGUGGAACUCCGAAGAAGAGCCUGUACUGUCAAAAAUCAACCUAACCAUUCCUACCCGCAAGCUCACCUUAAUCAUUGGACCGAUUGCCUCGGGGAAAUCAACACUUCUCAAAGGAAUCUUAGGGGAAACCCCGGUUUGUGAUGGGGUACUACAUAUCUCUUCUCCACACCUGUCAUUCUGUGACCAGACCCCCUGGAUGGCCAAUGAAUCCAUACGAAAUAACAUUACUGGUAGUGCACAUUUUGACGCAAUGUGGUAUUCCAAAGUGAUUAGAGCAUGCGCUCUCGAGGAUGACCUUCGUAGGUUUACCGAAGGCGAUAAGAUGAUCAUUGGAAGCAAUGGCCUAAGCCUCAGCGGUGGCCAGAAACAACGAGUGGCCAUUGCCCGGGCUGUAUACGCUAAACGCGAUUUAUGUUUGUUCGAUGACGUCUUUAGCGGCUUGGACCUGGAGACCCAGGCACGCAUUAUGCGUGAUGUUUUUGGACCUCAGGGGCUACUAAAAUCGCACCGUGCCACAGCAGUUCUUGUUACCCAUACAAGCCAUCUUUUAGUCCAUGCAGAGUAUGUCGUUCUGUUAACCUCCGGUGGACAAAUCGCAGAACAAGGCCCACCAGAGAAAUUCCGUGACAAGCAACACAUCUUUGAAGAACCAUAUAGACUGAGCGUCAUUAGUAAACCGGAGGCUGAGAAUGAUCAGGAUGCUGGUAAGAGCUUACUGUUCAAGCCGGAAACGGCAGGUUUGACCCCAGCCGAAAUGUCGGUUGAUACAGAAACUCAGCGUCUCGGCGAUGGAACUGUCUACAAGUAUUAUUUCGAGACCUUCGGAUGGAAAAAGACAGCUGUAUUCUUCGGAUUACAAGUUUCCCUUGUUUUCUGUAUCAAGUUUCCUGAAAUUAUACUAUCGUGGUGGGGGGAAGCUAAUGAUAAGGAUCCUGGUCAUUACAACGGCAUAUAUUUUGGAAUAUUCACGGUCUUGGAAGUUGCCAGUCUGGUGUUGUUGGGGCUAAUCUGUGCACAUGUUUUACUGAACCUCGCGGUGGUUUCAGGCAUCAAGCUCCACCAUAAACUCCUAAGAUCAACUCUGAGGGCUCCUCUUUCCUUCUUCACUAUAACUGAUGUGGGAUCUAUUACAAAUCGAUUUAGCCAGGACAUAAACCUCGUGGAUAUGGAGCUUCCGUUCUCCUUCAUUAACUUUGUGUGCAACGGUCUCACUUGUGUUGCGCAAGCGCUCAUGAUCAUACCAGCGUCUCCAUGGUUGCUUAUCGGGUAUCCUUUACUGUUCGGUGGACUCUGGCUUCUUCAAAGAGUUUACUUAAGGACGUCGAGACAACUUCGAUUUCUAGACUUGGAUGCCAAGAGCCCUAUCUACGGUCAAUUUCUUGAGACCUUGAAUGGGCUCGCUACAAUUCGAGCCUUCUCUUGGGAGAAGGAUUUGAUAGCCAAAGCAGAUGAACGGCUCGACUAUUCACAAAAGCCUUUCUACCUCCUUUACAGCAUCCAAAGGUGGCUCAAUCUUGUCCUUGACCUAGUAGUGGCUUGCUUAGCUGUGGUAGUCAUCGCAGUCGCUGUGGCGCUUAGAAGUUCAACCAGUGUGGGGUUUGCUGGUGUGGCAUUAUUCAACAUUAUGACUCUAAGUGCGGCUUUGAAGUCUGCUAUCACCAGCUGGACACUACUUGAGACUUCGAUCGGGGCGGUUGCGCGUGUGAAGAUGUAUGAACAGUCGACACCCGACGAGAAUCUAGGCGACGAAAAACAGCAACCUCCUCCAGCAUGGCCCACCUCGGGGACAAUUGCAUUCAAUAAUGUUACAGCGGCAUACAAGGAUGAUGGGGAUAAACCAGCAAUCAUUGGAAUGUCUCUGCAUAUCGAUGCCGGAGAAAAGGUGGGGAUAUGUGGCCGAAGUGGAAGUGGGAAGAGCUCUACAAUCCUGGCGCUGUUUCGUCUCAUCAACUGCCAGAAGGGUACUAUCACGAUUGAUGGCGUGGAUAUCUCACUCAUUCCUCGCGAAUCACUUCGAGAACGGCUCACCGCCGUUCCUCAAGACCCGGUAUUCCUCGCCGGAAGUGUGCGCUUGAACUGCGAUCCAAGCGGUACUUCUUCAGAUGAAUCCAUUAUUGAAACCCUCCGUAUUGUGAAGUUAUGGGAGAUCAUCGAGGCAAGAGGCGGCCUUGAUACUGAACUCGCUAGUGACAUGUUCUCGAAAGGGCAACAACAGAUCUUCAGCCUUGCAAGGGCCCUAGUACAUCAUUCUAGAAUUGUUGUCAUGGAUGAGGCAUCUAGCAGUCUCGAUGCCGAUUCAGAAAAUCUCAUGAUGUCGUUGCUCGAGCAAAAGUUCAAAGAUACAACAGUCAUUUCAAUCGCACACCGACUAGACACUAUCCUGGACUUUGACAAGGUCGUCUUGCUUGACGAAGGCGCCAUAUCAGAAGUUGGAAAUCCACGCGAGCUCCUUAGUCGUGCUUCGGCGUUCAGAUCGUUAUACGAGUCUUCGACCACUGACUAA